AUGUGGUUCUCGGCAUUGCUGGCUUGCAUAGCAGUAACGACGCUGAUCACCAUUCAUGUGGUGCACAUCCUGCACAAACACACCCGAAGAAAGAGUGUUUCUCCUCCUCGCCCUCCCGGCCCUGCCGGCCACCCCAUCCUUGGCAACUUGCUCUAUGUCAUCGGGCCGCUCCGCAACAACCCACACACCGCGCUCGCCACCCUCGCGCAAACCUAUGGACCCAUCUUGUCCCUUCGUCUUGGUCUAACCCGCACCAUCGUCGUGGUGUCAUCUGCCGCAGCCGCUCACGAGGCCCUUGCCAAGAAUGACGCAGCGCUCGCGUCCCGCCUUGUGCCGGACACAGUCCACGCCAUGUCGUACGGCGCAACGUCCAUGGUCUUCCUUCCAAGCUCCAACCCACUGUGGAAGCAGGACCGCGUCAUCAUGGCGCCCGCUUCUCAUCCAGCCGGGGCUUGGACACGAUCCGGCCCAUCUUGGAAUGCCAUGUCGGGCGUCUCACCGAGUACUUGA